AAAAUCUUUUUCAGCAUACACACUUCCAUCGAUUAAUACCUAUCAUCUCGAGCAAUUGUGCAUCGAAAUCUGUGGCAGUGCGGAGGCGUUCAUUUGAAUUUUUGGAUCGGCUGCUUCUGGAAUGGCAAACACACUCACUAGAAAAACAUGUAACACUUUUGGCUGAAACAAUAAAGAAAGGGAUCCAUGAUGCAGAUUCUGAAGCAAGACUGGAAGCUCGAAAAGUAUAUUGGGAUUUUCACAGUCACUUCAGUAGAGAAGCUGAAAUAUUGUUUAAUUCAUUGGAACCUGCCUAUCAGAAACCUCUCCAGUCUCAUUUGAAAAACUCAGACAGCAUUGUUUCCUUGCCACAAUCUGAUCGCUCAUCAUCCAGCUCACAAGAAAGCCUAAAUCGCCCCCUGUCUACAAAGCGCAGUCCUACUGGAAGCACUGUAUCACGAGCUUCAACAGUCAGUGUGAAGCCUGUGUCUAACACUGGAUCCCUGCAACGUUCUCGCAGUGAUAUUGAUGUGAAUGCAGCUGCUAAUGCCAAGUCACGCUUGACUGCUACUCCAAGUAAUACACCUGGACAUUUCAGCUCAGCGGCAGCCCUACCUCCAGGGUCCUACGCUUCACUAGAACAAGCUUACCUAUUGGUCGACUUUGAAAUAGAAGUUUCUGUUGAGUUGUCAGAAGAACGAA